UCGUUUCGUCAACGGAUGCGCUAUCUCUGGAAGCGGUACGGCUGGUGGGCAUUUGGAGUGUACAAUCUCUGGUCUCUUGCCGACUUCUCGCUAGCCUGGGCUGUGAUUCACCUCUUCGGCGCAGACUAUAUCCGGGACGUAGAGACAAAGGUCAGGGAGGCGGUAGGACUCAAGGAGAGGGACACAGCAGACGAGGAGCUGGCUAACAAGGGAGGAUCAUCAACACUGUGGACAGAAGCAGUACUUGCCUACACCAUCCACAAGACAUUGCUGCUUCCCUUCCGUGUCAUGGGCACGGGAGCUCUGACACCAAGCUUCGUG